UUCAGACAGCCUGCCAGCCGCCAGGUGAUCCACGGGCUGGGCUCCGCUUCUGCUGUCCCCUGCGAUCCAACUCCCCAAUGGCAGCGGCCGCCAGCCCCGCGUUCCUUCUACGCCUCCCGCUUCUGCUCCUGCUGUCUGGGUGGUGCAGGACGGGGCUGGCCGACCCUCACUCUCUUUGCUAUGACAUCACCAUCAUCCCUAAGUUCAGACCUGGACCGUGGUGGUGUGCGGUUCGAGGGCAGUUGGAUAAAAAGACUUUUCUUCAGUAUGACUGUGGCAACAAGACAGUCACACCCAUCAGUCCCCUGGGGAAGAAACUAAAUGUCACCAAGGCCUGGAAAGCACAGAACCCAGUACUGAGAGAGGUGGUGGACAUGCUCACAGAGCAACUGCUUGACAUUCAGCUGGAGAAUUACACACCCAGGGAACCCCUCACCCUGCAGGCCAGGAUGUCUUGUGAGCAGAAAGCCAACGGACACAGCGGUGGAUCUUGGCAGUUCAGUUUCGAUGGACAGGUCUUCCUCCUCUUUGACUCAGAGAACAGAAUGUGGACAACGGUUCAUCCUGGAGCCAGAAAGAUGAAAGAAAGGUGGGAGAAUGACAAGGAUGUGACCAUGCCCUUCCAUUACAUCUCAAUGGGAGACUGCACAGGAUGGCUUGAGGACUUCUUGGUGGGCAUGGACAGCACCCUGGAGCCAAGUGCAGGAGCACCACCCGCCGUGUCCUCAGGCGCAGCCCAACCCAGGGCCACGGCCACCCCCCUCAUCCUUUGCUGCCUCCUCAUCAUGUGUCUCCUCAUGUGCCCCAGGCAGUCUGACCCAAAGCCAUGGCCACCACCCUCAGUCCCUGCAGCCUCCUCCUCAUCCUCCCCUGCUUCAUCCUACCUGGCUGCUGAGGAGAGUCCUCUGGAAUGACAGCUACCAAAUAGGGAAGCGCCCCUUGUCCAGUGGACACGUGACUCGAGUGACGUUACCUGUCAUUGGAGACGACUCACACUCCUUACCCUUCCCUCCUGCCUUGUAUACAAUAAAUAACAGCGCAGCCAGGCAUUCGGGGCCACUACAGGUCUCCACACCUUGGUGGUCCCCUGGGCCCAGCUGUCUUUUCUUC